GUUUCUAUUAUAGGGUGUGUAAACCAACAGCUCAGUAGUACAAUAAGAAAAACAAGAUUUUGAGUUGGCUUCCUUCUGUGAUGAUGACACCCCCAUCAAAAAGUUGGCAUAGAAGAAUGGCAGGGUUUAUAUCUAAUCAGGAAGAUAAAAGAAGAUUGCGUGUUAACCAUGGCACUUUUACUCAGAAUCCCCUACUACAUCUUAUGUGUCAAAAUGAAAGAUCAAGCACAGCUAGCUCACAGGUGAUUGAGUGUGACUCAAGUGAGGAUUCUGAAAGAAUUGGCAACAAGAGACAGCAAGAUUUUAUUGAUCAAGACCAGGAGACACCAACAUCUCACUGCUCUGCGCAACUAUUAGGUUCCGACGAUGAACAGCAUCCAGAAGAUGGAACUAUAUCUGAGUUUGACAGUUCAGAGGAAGGCCUUAGUGCAGACAAACAUGGCUGUGAAUACAAAGAAGAUACUGCCAUGGUGGCUGAGCUGCAGAACAUAGAAUCUCCAGCCGUAUCAGAGGAUGUCAAUAUGAAAAUUGAUACACAUUGCACAAGGAAGGGCAGUGAUUGGUUGAAAUGCAUCCGGCUGAAAACACCACAGAAACGUCUUACACCCUCACCACCAGAGGAUUCUGCAAAGAAGAGAAAGAACCAGUUUGUUAAAGGUGGCUUGGCAGAGAAACUGCACAAGCUUCAAUGCAGCGAGAGUUCAGCACUGUCAUUUUGGAAACAUUCAAUGGCACACAGACCUACUGAUGCAAAACGUAGUGCUAGUACCAUGCAUAUCAAGGUGCUCCAAUUGGAAUGUAUCUAUUCCAUAUACUUCGCAGUAUGUCAGCGUGUCAUUAGUAAGAAUCACGUAUCUGUAGACAUACAGAAUAGAGAUGCCAUGCAUAAUAAUAAGGUGGCAUCAACUGCUUCAGCAAAAGAAAUCUCGUGUGAGGCAACUGCAGAUCUUGAGCGUACUGCUCACCAUGCCUCUGAUGCGAAACAGCAUUUCUCUGAAGAACUUAUGCAAACCGAAGACCACACAGCAGUGACAUUGAAAAUGUUAAAUCCCACUCAUGUUGAGACUGAUGUCAAUGGACAUGUGCAGAUAAACAAUAGUCCUGUCUUUGGUAGCUGUGAUAGCAAAAGCAAUCAGAUUUCACCUGUGCACAUAAGCAGUAGUCCUAUAUUUAGUAGUUGUGAUAGCAAACACAAUCAGAAUUUCAAUGUGCAGGGAAGCAGUAGUCUUUUAUUUGGAAGCCAUAAUAGUAAAAGUGUUACGAAUGUACCUUUUCAGGGAAGCAGUAGUUCGAUACUUAGUAGUCGUGAUGGCAAAAGCAAUAAGAAUUUACAUGUGCAAGGAAGCAGUAGUCCUAUAUUUGGUAGUUGUGAUGGCAAAAUAAAUCAGAGUGCGCAUGUGCAGGGAAGUGGUAGUCCUGUUUUUGGUAGUUGUGAUGGCAAAGGCAAUCAGAAUGCACAUGUGCAGAGAAGCAGUAGUCCUACUUUUGGUAGUUGUGAUGGCAAAGGCAAUCGGAAUGAACAUGGGCAGGGAAGCAGUAGUCCUACUUAUGGUAGUUGUGAUGGCAAAGGCAAUCGGAAUGAACAUGGGCAGGGAAGCAGUAGUCCUACUUAUGGUAGUUGUGAUGGCAAAGGCAAUCGGAAUGAACAUGGGCAGGGAAGCAGUAGUCCUACUUAUGGUAGUUGUGAUGGCAAAGGCAAUCAGAAUGCACAUGUGCAGGAAAGCAGUAGUCCUACUUUUGGUAGUUGUGAUGGCAAAGGCAAUCAGAAUGCACAUGUGCAGGAAAGCAGUAGUCCUACUUUUGGUAGUUGUGAUGGCAAAGGCAAUCAGAAUGCACAUGUGCAGGAAAGCAGUAGUCCUACUUUUGGUAGUUGUGAUGGCAAAGGCAAUCAGAAUGCACAUGUGCAGGAAAGCAGUAGUCCUACUUUUGGUAGUUGUGAUGGCAAAGGCAAUCAGAAUGCGUAUGGGCCGAGAGUUGGUUAUCCUGUGGAUGUCGGAACUCCCACGUGUAACAUACUCAAAGAGAGUGCAACUGAACAAAACCCCAAUAUCUCGUAUAUAACUAAUGAUAGCCGUGUCCGAUGCAAGCGUAAGGUUCAACGCAACUUAGCAGCAGAGAUCUCACGUGGAAUAGAUGGUGAGGAACAAGCUACAUCUGCCCUUUUACCUAGUGAAGUGAUGUGCCAAGACAGCACUGACAAUGAGAAAGAUUGUCCAGCGAGCUCGCACAGGAAAAUCGAAAGCGAUCUGCUGGACACUUCGUACGCCUUGGAGUCACUGGCUCACGGUGACUCGUGCGAAAUCACUGAAUUGGCAUGUGACAAGACAGAUGUAUCUCCAGUGGGUGAGGCUGAAGAGUUGCUGGUGCUUUUUAUGAAAAUCAAAGGACUCCAGUUGAAGAUCAAGGCUGGUAGCAUCAUCAAGAUUCAUCCUCCUUGGCAGCAGCUUCGAGGGAACAAACUGGGAAAGCCUGUAAUUCUCUGCACUAACUUUAGUGAAACAGUGAGAUAUGAGGACGUGCCAGAAGUUUCCCCUAAACAGACUCUCGAAUUUCUGUGGAAAUGCCCCUGUAGACAGGACAUCAACAUUCCACCGGAGUACUGCCCAGCAUCUCUGUCAACAGCAUGGAUCACACCCAUGGUGUCCUCCGUUCCACGUACCUCUUCGUGCAAGGCUGACGAGCAAGAUGUGCUGAAUCAAUCACAGCACCUUGAAACCAUCGACAACUCUCAGGUGAACUACAUGCAACAUUCACCCCUGACGAUGCUGGAAUCCAUUGAGAGGAGUCCUGUAGGGGCUGGAGCGAGCGGGUUAUGCAUUACUGGGAAGGUGUGCAGAGUGUUUUGCCAAUCAUGUCCUGAUGUUCCUGGCAUGUCACCUAGUUAUGGCGAAUCACGGAAGUUACUGAAUAUUCAAGAACGUCGUAUCAGAUGGGCAUUGCUUCUCGAAGAUUCUGCAGGGAUGUGCUGUGAGUUGCAACUAUCAACAAGCUUACUCAUAGACCAAUGCUGGCAACACCUGUUGGCAGAGGGAGAGGGCCAAUCCUUCCUCUUUACAAGGCUGCGAAUCGUAGCUAGGACGACUGCAGAGAGGCACCCACAGCUGUUCUCCGUCAUUCGCAAGGUAGCAGACAGUGAAAGCAGCCUAAGCAGCAACAAAGGUCAGGCUCCCUCUCAAGAUUUCUGCUAUAUGCUCACAGCGACACCUGGUGAGAGCAAGUGUCAAAGAAGAGACACAUCAGCAGCGAAUUUUCACGAAACAAAGGUGUCCUUCCUUCAACAGGCAGACGGAAGCAUGUCUAGAUAUAGUGUUUGUGUGAGAGUGGUGCACAGUGACAUGAGGACGUUAUACUGUAUUGAUGCUAGCACACACAGUACAACGGCAGGCUAUGUGAAAGUGCAUUUGAGGGAGGCAUGUCAUAUACCAACCAGUGUUAUCAGGUCUCUAAGUGAGGGACAUGAACAUGCUAUUGUUCUACGUGAUCUUUGUCAGUACAAAGAUGGCACUACUGGUGAUGGAUACAGCAGAGUUCUGCUGGCAGUAGACAAACCACCAUGCUCAGAGUUUGAGUGUGCUGUCGGUAGCACAAUUAUACGCGACACUACAUUGAGUGUACUGAAGCUGCCAACUAUAACCAUGGAGAGCAAGGAUAUGGAUUUGGUAAUGGUGUCAGGCACUAUAGUUGGAGCAGAUGAGGAUACAGCUUUCUCCUGGCCAGUGUGCAAUGGCUGUGGCAGUGAGACUUUAAAGGCAGACCCAACAGGGUCAUUUUUAUUCUGCGAAACGUGCAAUCGUGGAAUAACAGAACCCAUCAUAAAAAUGAAGUUGGAUGUCUUUCUUGAUCUAUCAGGCAUAGUGACCUGCUCCCCGGUGGUUGUUCAGCUUCAGCAGAAGACAAUAGAAACGGUGCUUCCACCUGGUGUGCAGACUGAGGGCUAUGAGUUGGACGGUAUUCUUGGCCGGCAAAUCGGUCCACUCAACUGUUUCGUGAAAGCGUGUCCCGCUGCAUCUGUCGUCGUAGGUGUUCCAGCACAGAGAUGGCUGCUCGUUGAGUGUCGCUCAUGAAAGCAUGUGUGUGAGGCGCAAACUGCUGCUGGAGAUAUGGAAAGAUGCUUCUGCUUUUAUAUCAAACUUGGCCAAUGCUGGAAAAAUGGCAUUAUUACCUCUGACCAAGGUCAUUAAACUGGGCAUCAAGUAGUUGUCUUUGGGUAUAAGCUAGUGUAUCGUGUAUUCUGCACGAAACUAGUAAUUGAUGUUCCAAAAAUGUGAUACUUGUUACUGUGUGUGAACAUGUUUUGUGUAACACAUUUUUCCAAGAAAUGUUGGCCAUUUAUCCUUUUGAUAGUUAGUGGUGUUGAUACUCGUUCGUUUUAUGCCACUAUGUGUAUGUAUUUGCUUGUGUACCUGAAUUUGAUGCUUACUACCAACAAACAUGUGUAGGUUGCUCACAGUUACCUGUUGUAAAUAAUUUAAUGGGAACAAUACGGGUAGCUAACAGUUAAAUGUAAUGAGUUAAGUGUGAGUCCAGUCAAGUGUAGUCACAAUCCUCGCACUAAUUAAUCGAUGUUUCAACCAUCUCGGUAUACCUCAUUCUGUUCCAAUCCUUUGGAUAACCUUCUGCUGCACACGGACAUCUGUCUGAGAAAUUAAUCAGUGUGGCUCUUAAUUGCAUGUUUUGUACUUUGAUACUCAUUUAGGUAAAUGCGUAGAUAAUGAAGCCAUAUUCUAGUGUCUUUGCUAAAUUAUACUAACUUCACGUUGUUCCUAGUCGGGAUUGAAUACCUCGAAAUAAAAAAACAAAAAAAUAAUGUUUAAAUAUAUUGCAUUAAAAUGGGAAGAUGAACAAGAAGCAC